UCAUAAGGUCAUUCCCGAUGCCCAACGACGCUCUUUCUCGCUCUUCCUUCCUCUCUCUCUCUGUAAUGGCUCCUAUGAAUCACCAGCAGAUUCAGCAUCACCUUCUUCGAUUGGUUCUAAGUUGCAGAAAGAUUACGGCCCAGGUUACGAACCCCGGCACCGAUUCGAUCGUGGCCAUGGCGUCGUCGUCGGAACAGGAGUUCAUCGCGCAAUACAGAGCAAAGCUGAACCGCUUCCCGAGAUCGCACAACUUCUGGGACGCCAGGAUCGCCUCUAGGGUCGGCGAGAAGCUUGGCAUCCGUCUCCGAGAGAUCGGCGUCUCCGGCGUCGAGAUCGACCUCCGAGAAGAGCUUUCCCGCCCCAUCCACCACCGAAAAAUGGUCUUGCCGUUGUUCGACUCCGUCAAGCGCACCGGUGUCGCCGUCGCCGGAGCUGAAAAGCUGGAGUCCCUGUGACGGAGAAGACUUAAUCUAAGGUUAGGGUUUUGGGAGUGAGCUCCGAAGAAGAAAAUUGCAUUUGACCAUUGAUACGAAAAGUCGAAUCACUGGACAGGCGGAAUGCAUCGAGAAAUUUUGAUCUUGUGCGACUGGAUUGUUCGAUCAUCAUUUGACCAUUGAUCCGAAGAAUAAAUCUCGGGAACUUUCACUUGAUUUGUAAAUUUAAAAUAUGUAAUACUUUUUGGGGUAUGAAAUUGUGACAGAUUUUUUUUUUUUGGGUAUUUGAAUUGAGUUAUUUAACUGUCAAAUUGGCUGACAGAA